GUGAAAUAUGGAAAUACAAUUAAUGUAAUACUGCUAUCUUCGUUUCCAAACAAUUUUCAGUUAUAGUACUAUUCAUGUUUCCAAACAUUACUAAAGUGUACUUCAGUUUUAAUAAUAUAGAUGACUUUCUAGUGAGAGUCCGUUUUAAAAUAUCAACAAAAGAUUGCGAUUUAUAUUUUAAUAAAUAAGAUGUAAAUUAUCGGUUUAUAGUCAACUUAAUCCGCUCUGGAAGGGAAAAAAAUUGAGGUCUCGAGUAAUUAACGGACGGACAAGUAGUUGUGAACCCCAACCAAAAGGAAAUAAUUAGUUUUAUAUCUAAAUUACUUCUGAAAUUUAUAUUCUUGAUUUAGACAACAUUUUCAGUUUCUUUUCCCAACAAAGCUUUAUUUUAUUUGGUCUUAUUCUCAUCACAACGCUUAAAGAAUGCUCAUGAUCAUCAAAUCAAGAAGAAGAUGGAUCCAAAGUUGUUGUUCUGUUUGCCACAAGGAGAUGAAUUGUUUAACCCCCUUAAUACUCUGUUUAUUCAAAUGGGUUGCAUUCUCGUUUUCUCUCAACUAUUUUACCUCAUGCUCAAACCAUGUGGUCAAGCUGCUCCCGUCGCCCAGAUUCUCGCUGGUAUUGUGUUGAGUCCUGUUCUGCUCUCAAGAAUCCCUAAAGUUAAAGAGUUCUUCCUCCAGAAAGAUGCAGCAGAUUACUACUCUUUCUUCUCCUUCGUUUUACGAACAUCUUUCAUGUUCUUGAUCGGUCUUGAGUUCGAUAUACAAUUCAUGAGAAGAAACUUCAAGAAAGUCUCUGUAAUAACCUUGAGUUCCUUUUCGGCUUGCAGUCUCCUCAGCCUCGCCUUGGUCUAUAUACUCACCCCUUUGCUCCAUAUCAAAGAGGAUUACUUAACGCUUUUCAUGACUCUUUUCGUUACCUUGUCAAACACGUCAUCUCCUGUCGUCCUCCGUUCAAUUGCUGAUUGGAAACUCAACACAUCUGAGAUUGGACGGCUUACACUCUCCUGUGCGUUGUUCAUCGAAUUAUCAGACGUCGUGAUCUACACUUUAGUCAUAGCCUCCAUCUCUAAAUCUAUGAUAGGUAAUAUCUUCUUGUUUAUUUUUGCCACCGGAGCCCUAAUCUUGCUCAACAAGUUUCUAGCUGCAUGGCUCCCAAAGAGGAACCCUAAAGAAAAGUACCUAUCAAAAGCUGAGACUUUAGUUUUCAUCAUAUUCCUUCUCAUUAUCGCCGUAACAAUAGAAUCCUAUGAUAUUAACUCCUCGGUUUCGGUUUUCACCAUUGGUAUAAUGGUUCCACGACAAGGAAAGACUCACAGAACGUUGGUUCAACGGCUUAGUUACCCUAUCCACGAGUUUGUUCUUCCGGUUUACUUUGGUUACAUGGGAUUCAGAUUCAGUAUCACUGCGUUAACCAAACGUUAUUACAUCGGUCUCGUUAUUAUAGUGAUUCUAGCCUUAGCUGGGAAACUUAUUGGUGUAAUAUGCGCUUGUAUGUACCUGAAGAUCCCCAAGAAAUAUUGGCUCUUCUUACCAACUAUUCUCUCUGUUAAAGGUCAUGUGGGUGUUCUUCUUCUCGACGCAAACUACUCCAAAAAGAAAUGGUGGACAACAACAAUCCAUGAUAUGAUGCUGGCAUCGUUGGUGGUCACGACGCUAGUAAGCGGUGUCCUAGCAUCUUUCUUGCUUAAAGCAAGAGAGAAAGACUUCGCUCCCCAGAAAACUUGUCUUGAAUCUCACGACACUCACGAGGAGCUACGCGUUUUAUCUUGCGUUUACGGAGUCCGCCACGCUCGUGGUACAAUCUCUCUAAUCUCAGCCUUGAGCGGUUCUCAUGGAGCCUCUAAGCCCUUCGCGGCUCUGCUUAUGCACCUCGUACCACUCCCCAAGAAACGAAAAUCAUCAGAACUCUUGUAUCACGAGCUCGGUGAUGACGUGCAUGGAGAUGAUGAGUUUGGAACCAACGAUGGGUUAGAGAUCAAUGAUUCGAUUGAUUCCUUUGCCAAAGACAGUAAACUCUUGAUCCAACAGGUCAAGCUCGUGACCAAGAUGCUUAACAUGCACGUAGAGAUUUGUAACGCGACAGAAGAUCUUCGCAUUUCGAUUGUGUUUCUUCCGUUUCAUAAACACCAGAGGAUAGAUGGGAAGACUACAAACGAUGGAGAGAUUUUCAGACAGAUGAACAGGAACGUUUUAAGACACGCUCCAUGUUCGGUUGGUAUUUUCGUGGACCGAAACAUAACCGGGUUUCAACAACCUCAUGGGUUUGAUUCGGUACAACAUGUUGCUGCAUUGUUCUUUGGUGGUCCUGAUGAUCGUGAGGCUUUAGCUCUAUGCAGAUGGCUAGCUAACAACACUCUGAUUCAUCUCACGAUUAUACAUUUCGUUUCAGAGGAUUCUCAGACAGAGAGUCCUGUCGGGAACACGACAACACAAGACAAUAACAAUGUUUUCAUCGAGGUUGCGGGAAGAGAUCAAACUGAACACGAAGCAGACCGAAGUUUCUUAGAAGAAUUCCAUAACAGAUUUGUGACAACGGGACAAGUGGGGUUCAUGGAGAAGCGUGUGAGUGAUGGACCGCAUACGCUGACGAUUCUAAGAGAGAUAGGAGAGAUGUAUUCACUGUUUGUGGUUGGGAAGAGCAGAGGAGACAGCCCUAUGACGGUGAGAAUGAAAGAUUGGGAAGAGUGUCCGGAGCUCGGAACUGUCGGUGAUUUCUUGGCUUCAUCUUUAGAUGUAGAUGCUUCUGUAUUAGUUGUUCAAAGACAAAGAUAUUCACAUGAUAACUUUCUAGAUGACUAGCAAAACAUAUCUUAGUUUCAGCCACUUUUCUAAAAAUCGGUCUGGCGGCGCCUAAAAAUUAAUUCUCCAUAAGACGUCUAAACAACCAACUAGCGAUUUCUUGAACAUUGGUUUCAGCAGACUUCUGUAGGUUUAUGAAGAUAUUACAUUCACAUAUGAAACACACUGAGUAUCAAACGGUUCAGAUCCCUUACAAUAUUAUUCAGUAAAGAAAAAAUAGAUUUUGAUGAAGCUUAAUGUUCAGCAACUAGGACUUGACCCUUUAGUCUUCAAGGCUUGGUCACUCUGCUCUUGUGCUUCCAUUGUAUCACAAAGACUUGAACCUUUAGUCUCAGGAAGAAGCAAAGCGAAUAACCCGAGACCCGACACUACUAACCCGAAAACCGCAAAGGAGACCGAAGGCACAUUUCUUCCAACAGAAGCAAUGAUUGGACAACUAGCUCCUCCAAGUACAAGUGAUUGUCUAAGCAUUGUUGUCGCGAAGUUCCUCACGCAUGUUGGGAACAGCUCAAUCAUAUAAACAGCCAUCAAGUUAAACCCUAUCCUCGCGCAGAAGAAAGAGCCUAAUUCUAGAGCAAAAGCAAUGUUUGUUCGCUCGAAAGUGGUCAUGACGAAACAUAGCACUCCUAAUGCUCCUCCUAGUAAGCAGUUCACAAGAACAGAACUUCUUCUGUUGAACUUCUACAGCAAGAUUGGUGUGAUAACAAAGGUUGGUAACUCCACCAUUGCGUUAAGUGCUUCACUUAGAUAGAUGUUCACUUUUAUGUCUCUAACCGCUAAGGGAACUCCAUAGUACAUCAUUCCUAACCCAAACAUUAUGAUCAUAACAACCACUAUUCUUCGAAAAGCCCAUCUUCUGAUGAACAUGUCCUUGAUGGAGCUGUUUGGUGAUUGUUCUUUUGAAUGUAACCUAGAAGAUACUGAUUCCAAAUAAUCUCUGUUCACAGGUGAAAGUCUUUGGAGCACUUCAAUGGCUUCUUGGUUCUUUCCUUGCACAUGAAGCCAACGAGGAGACUCUAGGGCGAAGAAGUAGAUGCAAACACUGUGGAUGGCUGCUGGAACGGAUGUGCAGAGAUAAAGAACUCUCCAAGAAGCGUGUCUAACAAGGUAGGCUAUUCCAGAUAGAGACAUAAACCCUAGGACAAACAGAGUAAACGGAAUCAUAGUAGCUCUAGGUCUCCAUUUUGUGGAAACUCGCUCGCUUAUCAGAUUGAGUGCGUACGUCCCGGUCUGUGAACGCGCGAAUCCGAUAACGAACUUUAAGAAAGCGUAAGUCCAUAUGUUGGAGGAGAAGAAGAUUGAGAUUCCAGUGAGUGACAUUGCUAGGGUGGUGAAGAAAAGAAGUUUCUUGCGUCCCAAGAAACUAUCCGGAACCAAAGCCAUGAAAACGCCUCCAACGAUAGAACCCAUGUAGAAAGCAGACGUAGGGAGUCCUCUGACGAAGGAGCUCGAGCACUCAAGUUCGAACUCUGAAAUGGCGGAUUUACCCUUGAAUCCGCCGUCCCAUUCCCAAGCUGACCGAGGAAGUUUACAGAUGUCGGUGGAGGUCGAGGGAUUGCAAACCGUGUGGUCGAGACAGUGCCACGUGGGAUAUGCAUCUGUGAAGACGGUGAUGAAUAUCUGUUGCGAGUCGAAGGCUAAGGCAAGCCCGACAAGAAGUAUCUGUAAGAACUGUGGGAAGGUGAAACCAGACAAGCUCUCUUCGAAGAUCUUGUGGAAACUCAAAGAAGGAGAAGUACCUUCGUCUUCAAUAUGGGUUAAUAGUGGUGCUGAUGGAUCCCCCAUUGUUGCUCACUUCAGUUGACUACUCUCUCAGGUAGUGAGAGAAUUAUUAGAUGAAAAAAUAAACAAAGAACUUGGGGAAAGUGUAUAAUCUUGAACCUGGUUGUAUAUUGUUUGUUUAUCAAUAAAUUUUCAAACUCGCAUAAAAUGUGUGGUCGAAGUCUCGAAAGAUUGUGAUCUUAAAUGACACUGAUUGAGAUUUGUAUGUAUAUUGUCUGACCAAUAAAUAAUUGAAGCAUGUGUGUACAUAUUUGCUUAUGUAAGUGCACACGACAUAACAUCAUUCAUGUUAUGUGUCCAUAACUCAUAUAUGGGCCUCUAAGUAAAAGCCCUGUAAAAAGCUAGCUCAAACUGAAACUGAAAUCACCCCUUUGGUUCAUGUCAUGUUCUGCUUCCACUUGUUGCUAGGGUCAGCCUAGGGAAUGGGUCAACUCCUUUUAUUUCUUGUCAUCUCGCCAAGAAGUUAUUAGGACUUUAAUCUCAAAUGGGACAAAUAGGUGAAAAAAAAUCUACAACCACCUAUUUUAAUCUAUAUGGGACGAUAGUUAGAAAAUUACAAUAUUGCCAUUAAUGAAAGAACAAUAUGAGCCAUUCGAUUUUUUUUUCUCUUUAAACUAGAGUCGUCGGAUCAUGAACAUAAAAAAAAAAAUAUGAUAUUUACGAAAAUGCCAUUAAUGAAAUAUCAAUCAUAACCAUUAGAUCAUCUUGUCUACGAUUUAAUCAUAGCCACACGAUUACAUCUAUCUCUCCUUCUCUCUUCUUUCUUAAUCUCAACCGCAUGAUCAUUUCUUCCUUCUUCAAUUACAACCAUAGGAUCUUCCUUAUCUCCUUCUUCAAUUCGACUGGAUAUAACUAAUAUAACUCGUACAACUGAACAUGUUAAGAAAUUUUAUAACUGGUAUAUAAAUGUUAUAAUCUAUAUAUAAUAUGUAGCUACUAUAAUUAACACGACUAGUAAAUCAUGUUUUAUAUAUGAAAUAAACAAACAAAUAUCUUAAUUUUUUUUUUGAAUUGAAUGUUAAAUUUAAUUCAAAAAGAAAAAACAUUGUUACAACUAUGUGUGUCUUUUCCUAGAUUUUUCUAUACAAGAUUUGAUAAAAAACAAAUAGGAAAUUCUUUCUUCAACUCUUCUUAUCUACCUCCUCAUAACAUCCAUCUACCUUCUCAAAUCUACCCAGCUCUCACUCCUACUGGGCACCUAGUUCUCAUUCCUACUAGGGCUCCUUUAUCUUGUUGAAAACCAAAAUUGUAACCCUCCUGCCAGCUUCUUAUCCCCCUUCUUUUGAAUGAUUGAGAACUUAUUUCUCACAGUCUUGUCAAUCAGCUUGGUAAUGAGAGCAGGAGGUGAAGCUGCCUCGCUAUGCCUUCUCCUAUUUCUCUCUCUCCAUAUGCUAUGAACUGUCACUUGAAACAAGUAUCUUAUUGUAAAGAGAGUAAUACUAGCCUAACUUUCAUCAAUAUGAAUCCUUGUUAUCUCAUUCCAGCUCACAGUAUAUCUAUCAUUCAGUAUCCCCUUUGCUACCCCUUUCAAAUUUGCUCUGAGAAAGGACACUCAAAGAAAAGACGAUGAACUGACUCCAUAGAUGCUUGGCAAAAAAUACAAGCAGUAUCAACAUUCAGAUUCUGAUAUAUGGUGUUUUAUACAUCUUGUAUAUAUGCUUUUAAAUUGGUUUUCAAGUCUUUAUCGAGUCUUCCUAGUCCUUUUCGAGUCAUUACAGGUCUGGAGUUGCAUUGGAUGGGAGAUGAACCAGCUGGAACAAAAGAGGCAGAAAACAAUGCAAUUUGGUGGUUUUCACGCAGAACAGUCUUGAUGACUGUUCCGGAUAGCGGAGCAACCCGAGUGACUGUUCCGAGUGAGUGUUCCAGCGGCAGAGAUUUUUUAGGAAACUACAAUCAUUACGGGAUUUGCCCUAAUUAUCCAUAUUUUCUCUCCCAGCCGCCUGUGGCUUUGAUAUAUCAUAUUUUCUGUUUCUCUUUAUCAUUCUACGCUAUUCUAGACAGAAGAAAACCAUUGGAGACUUUAGAAUUUGAGGAUUUGCUUAUUGUAAAGGGAGAAGGCUCCAUCUCUCUCGUCAUAGAGAAGAUUAUCCUGAACCCUAUUCUUAUUCUAUUGAAUUGCAUGAUGUUUUAUUCA